GAGGAGGAGGAGGAGGAGACACAGGAGGCGAUCAGCUGAUACUCCACCUGACCGGAGGACGGUUGUGUGUUGAGCUCCAGCUCCUGCCCCACCUGCAGCUCCAGCAUCACCACUACCCCCACCACCACCACCGUAACCACCACCAUCACCACCACCCCUCGUCCAGAUCCUCUGCCUCCUCUUCUCUCUGUCUCACUCACGCUCUCCUUACAGACGGUCUCUGGCAUGAUGUUGCUGUUUCAAGGUACGGAGGUGCGGUGAUUCUCAAGGCUGACGACGGUGAUGGUGUCUUGUACAACGCCUCGCUCACCUUGCUGGGGUCGCCGCCGGCGUCCGGCCUCCUGCAGCUCAACGCUGAAGAAGCUGUUCAGUUGGGAGGGGCGUCCGAGUACCUCGCUCUGGGCAUCGUCACCGUCCACAGAGAUUACUUUGAUGGUGAACAAUUGAAAUUAUUUUGUUGUAAAGAGAGGAGUAAUUUUGUACGUGUGAAAGGAGAUGGUUGGUGUGGAUACCUGUGUGGAUAUGAGUAUAUAUGUGUGGAUACAUGUUUUAUGUGUGACUUAUCAAGGGCGAAUACCAGCAGGAGGAGUAACUUAACUAUUUUGGCCCUCUCGCUGUCUCCUCCUCCUCCUGCAGGGUGCCUGGACGACCUCCGCAUCUCAGGCAGGCCUAUGCCGCUUCCCCCCACCGUCAACAGGACGGCCUGGGGCGAGGUCACAGGGGUCCAGGGGGUGGAUGGUGGGUGUUCGACGCCCCCUGUCUGCGCCAACGUUUCCUGCAGUCCACCCUUCACCUGCGUCGACACCUGGAGGAGUUACCACUGCGG